AUGGUAGACCUCCAACACAACCUUUUCCUGCUUACUCUAGACGAUAAACUCGGUCUAGCACCUCCAAACGAGCCUGAUUCCAAAGCGAAACACGUUUUGGAUAUUGGAACGGGAACUGGAAUUUGGGCUAUUGACUAUGCUGAUGAACAUCCAGAAGCACAGGUAAUCGGUGUGGAUUUAUCUCCUAUACAGCCAGCGUUCGUUCCGCCGAACCUAACCUUCAUGAUUGAGGAUAUUGAAGAUGAAUGGAACUAUUCUCACUCGUUUGAUUAUAUUCAUAGUCGCUUCAUGUCAUCAGCUCUCGCAAGUUGGACCGACUUUCUCACCAAAUGCUUCAACAACCUUGCACCGGGUGGCUACAUGGAGAUUCAGGAAGCAGACCUGAACAUUCAAUCCGAUGAUGGUACGCUCAAACCCGAUAACAUAAUGCUCAAGUCCCUCCGCCUCUUGACAGAAGCGUCGGUCAUGUUCGGUCGCCCGUAUCAAGACAUUCCACCGCUUGCAGAUAUCAUGGCCCAAGUCGGCUUUGUAGAUGUCGUUGUCAAGCAGUUCAAGUGGCCUAUCAACGGAUGGCCAAAGGACAAGAAGGAUAAGCUAUUGGGAGAGUGGUCUUAUAUCAACAUGGCUAGCGGUCUCGAGGCGUUUACUAUGGCACCGCUGACGCGAGCUCAUGGCUGGACGCCUGAAGAAGUGACCCUGUUUCUCAUUGAUCAGAGGAAGGCGUUGGCGGAUAAGAACACUCAUGCUUAUUGGCCUAUGUUAGUCAAGUUAGUUGGCGGAAUUCCGCCUGGUGGGAUUUACACAAUGUCCACCAAUCAAUUGACUAAAGUCGUCGUCUUUGGUGCUUCUGGCAACUUUGGCACUCCCAUCACAGCUGCUCUUAGACAAGCUGGCUUCGAGGUCACCAUUGUGACGCGAACUGAAUCCAAAUCCACAUUUCCAGAAGGCAUUCCCGUUAUUAGAACGGAUUACGCUUACGAUGCUCUGACCAAAGCUUUGUCUGGCCAGGACGCAGCUGUAUGUGCUGUUGGACCAGCGGGCAUUCCCUCACAAGGCACCAUGAUCGACGCUGCCGAAGCCGCUGGAGUAAAACGCUUUAUAGUAGCUGACUUUGGCUGGGGUCCCGACUUUACCAGCUUUCCUGAGUUUGACUCGGUUAGAGCUCAACGAGCUGUUGGUUUUGAACAUGCAAAGAAGCACGCAGCCACAAACCCAAACUUCACUUGGACUAGCAUCGCGACAGGAAAUCCUAUUGACUGGGCCUUGAAGCGCUUCCCAACCAUGGGCUUUGACAUCAAGAAGCAAUCCGCCAUUAUCUACGAUAAAGGCAAAGAGUGCUUUACCGGAACUACACUGCAAGGCAUUGGACAAUCUGUGGUUGGUGUUUUGCAAAACCCAGCUGAGACCGCAAACCGCACUGUCAAAGUCAUGUCAAUCAAGACAUGUCAAAUUGAAUUAUUGGAAGCCUUCCAGAAUAAGACGGAAACCCAGUGGGAGGUUCAGAGACGAACUACGCGUGAGCUCAUCGAAGGAGCACGGGAUAAAAAGGAGAAAGGUGUAGGAGGUUGGAUUCUUGAUUUGGCGGUUGCUCAACUGUAUGAUGAUGGAAAGGCUCGUUGUCUUGUUGCGCCGUCGUGGAAGGAAUCGGAUUCUGGAUUGCUUGGUGUCGUUGAGGAGACUGCUGAGAGUCUUGUUGCUUCGGUUCUAGCUAGCGUAUAG